ACUGCAUGUCGCGAGGCAGGCAGAGUUGAAGAGAGAACAAGAAAAAAGGAGCAGGGCACAUUACAGGAACAAAGUUAAGCCUUUAAGCUCUUAGACGACAACGAAUGCUCAGUACUAUGCAAAGGUACUUGUCAGUAGGUAUAUCAGUAAACAAAACAAACUUGUGUGAAACAGUGAAGAGAGGGAUCCAACUGACAAAACGGUGAGGAAACCGCAUGUUCUAGUUGAGUUUGAGAGACAGUGACAGGAAGAAGGUUAGAAGCGUGGUGGUUUAUUUAAAAAAGAUAUAUUUCCUGUUUUAAAUUGCAAAGAACCGUGAGUGCAGUGGAAGCAAAUGACUCGUUUACUGCGACCCAAUUUGAUCCCCAGCUCAAACCAGGCACAGGUAUCACUCUCUGACUAACUUUGCAGCUGAGAUGAAGUGAAAUUUGAUCAUUCGAAGAACUUGGCUGGAAAAAGAAAUAAUAGGAGUCAAAAUGAAAAGCUGAAGCACCUGCAGGCUCCAGGGCUGUGAGCAGGGCCCAAGGACUAGCAUUUUGUCUGGCUGUUCGCUGUGCUUUUGUGCCUCUUUCCAUCUCUGGCUUAGUAAGUUCAAGUCUGUUUUAUAUAUGGAUGGCAAACAAAGUGAGACUGUGAGCAGUGAGUCCCUGGUUAACUUACUUGCUGAGUGAGUGAAUACCUGGACAUUGGAAGUGGCAAGUGUAAACAGAGAGCAACAAUCUGUCAGUCUGACAGGAAAGACAGAGAAAGGUUGGCAUCACAAAUAGUUGAUAAAUGAAUCUUGCUUCAUUCAUUUAGACGAACACAGUAAUCUAUACAAGUGGAGAAAGAAAUAGUUCUAAAAACUUUUUUGCAUUGUUCAGAAUUAAAUUAUUUUUCGUGUAUAUUUGUCUGUUAUAAAAUGGUACACAAUCAGAAUAUUUAUCCUGAACAUAUAUAGUCUGUUUUGGAGCUAAUGUUUAACCUCAAAUAGGCUGAAAAUUCCUGGUCCAGUUUUACCAUCUUUGGUGCAUUUUGCAAACAUCAGAGCGAAAUUAAACUGCAAGGAGCUCAGUAAAAGAAAUUGUGGAAGCUGAAUAGUGUUUUUGGCGCCAUUAUCAUUUGCCCAGGGUGCAAGCAAACUAAUCGUUUUGGUCCUACAAGUGUUUUAAAGCUUUGGAAGAAGUGACUAGUGAUAUAACAGGCCUCAGAAUGAUGGGGGGUAGUCCAAAGCGAGGUCUCAGCCCGGGGGGAUUUGGCUCAUCCAAAAAGAGAAGGUUUUUUUCUGAAAGCUAUGAUGAAAAACUUGAGCGGAGACAUGAAAACCAUUUGAACCUCAUCGGUCGAAAUAACGCCACGACCUGCCGCAGUUCACCAAGGGAGAGGAUUGUGGAGCAAAACUCGAGACAAGUGCAGUUUCUGAAACGAAGGAAUUUAACAAUUGAUGAAGACGAGAUUAAAAAAAAGCCUGCCAAAUCAAGCCGCCACAGAGUGGAAAAGGCAACAACAGCUGCCACUUCUGCUGCACUUUCUGCUCCAGUCCCGGAAGGAGGUUUGAAGAUUUCACAAGAGAAUUUAGCUGCAGUCAGUCAGACAUCUCCACAGUUCAUAUUGUGCAGCAAUGGCACCCCGUUAACUAAAGAACCCACUCACUGGGGAGCAAAGGAUUCAAAUUUCCGUUUCUGCACCAGAGCACCACUGCAACAUGAUGACUCAACCAUCAAAAGAAUUUCAAAAAGGGACAAAGCCACACAGAUGCCCGGUGAAAUUGGUGAACUCAUCAGGAAAGAAGCAAGCCAACAAACAGAAUCUGGCGUGGCUGUUCUUGAUAAGGAGAUCCAGCAACUGUCUGAAUACCUAAAGGAAGCUCUGCAUCGUGAGCUAAUGCUUAAACAGAAGUUCACUAUUCUUCAACAACUUCUUGCAACAGUUUUGCAGGCAGCAGAGAAAUCAUGGAAGGUACAAUUAGAUGAUGACUCAAUGCGUUGCAAAUUGCAGUCACUUGAAAAUCAGUUACACACCUGGACACAGAAUCACUCGCGAGACAGUAUGAAGGAAACCAUGGCCGAAAUGCAGCAGCAAAAACUCAAGUAUGAGCACAUUGCUAAGGAGUCGCUCCAGAAAGCAAUCAAAGAGAAAACAGCUGCAGAACAAACACUGGCCAAUGUCCAGAGAUCACUGAGUGCAGCAGAGAUAGAGUGCUCUCAUUGGAAGGAGUCGUACAAUAGGGCACUGGCAGAUUGCUCUGAACUGACAACCAGGCAUUCAGAAACCACAGACCAAUUGCACAUAGUGCAGACUAAGCUACAGAGAGUAGAAAAAGACAACAUGUUGCUCAGAAAUUUACAAACAAAAUCCCAAGAUACAGAAAAUGAGACACAGAAACUCUUGGAUAAAAUUGAUGCAUUAAGAGAAGAAAAUGAACUCCAGCAAGAGCAGCUUCUAAGAAGCAAAGCAAAAUUACAGAAAACUGAAGAGCAGGGACAGAUAAUGGCAUCUACAAUCAUUAGCCUACAGGAAAUGUUGCAGAAGAAAACCAUCCAGGCAACAGAGCAGGAGAAAGCAAUGCAACAGAAUGACUUACUUAGAGCCAGGAGCGAACACCAGUGUCAGGCACUUCAACUGCAGGUCAACAAACUAAGCAAUCAAUUGGAAAAACAGUCAACUCUACUUCAUGCCAAAGAAGAAGAGUGCAUUGAACUCCAUUCAAAGCUUACGAUUAUGCAAAAUGAGCAUAGUGCCUUCUUAAAAAACAUGCAGCAUCAUCAGAACAAGCCAAAGAGUUUUCAGAAGAAACCUGCCCAGGUGAGGUUCUGAAAUCCUCUGCAGUCACAAUGCAAGAAUCCUAGAAUCCGUAUAUUGGGGAAGCAGGCCAUUCAGCCCAUGGAAUCCACAUGAACCUUGUGAAGAGCAUCCUACCCAGACCCACUGCCCCACCCCAACCUCCCCUCCCAAACUAUCCCUGUAACCCUGCAUUUCCCAUGGCUAAUCCACCUGGAAAUUUUGGGUAAUUUAGCAUGGCCAAUCAAUCUUUGGGCCGUGGGAGGAAACCGGAGUACACGAAGGAAACCCAUGCAAACACGGGAAGAAUGUGCAAAGCGCACACAGAUGGUUGCCUGAGGAUGGAAAUUCAUUAAUGUCAACAUAGAACAUAUCACUGUGGCACAUGUCCUUCAUGUUGAACAGUAAUUAUAUUAUUCAUCUAGAAUUUAGAAUACAGAAUGCAGCUAGGGAUCAUACAAGCCCCAACAGAAUGUAAUGCUGAACGUGUAACACUUAAGGUGACAAUUUAUAUUGUAUAAUGUAACUUAUAUCUUUAGGGUGCACAUAAAAAAAUCCAGAAUUUAAGUCAGAAGGUGGAAGAAAAUGCAUGAAUGAUCAAUUUUCAGCAUAUGUAUAAUUUUAGGAAAUAGUAAACAACAGCCAGCUAAUUGCGUUCAUGAAAAAAUGAAUAACUGCUUACAAUUGGUAACACCUAAAGCUGCAACAACAUUGUCAAUGAACAUAUAGGCAGAGAUGUCCAGGCAUGUUUUUGGGUCAUUCUAUCCAGUAAUUUAUUGUCUGAAUGUUUUUUGUCUCUUUUAGAGGAGGUGCUGUCGAUGGGUGACCUUCCUCAUACUGGCAGUAACAGUAGCAGGGUUGGCAGUGCUCUGGGCAAAUUUGGAUAAUGUUUCUUUUUAAGAAGUUGCAUUGAAGCACAUUUUAUUACCAGCGGAAACUUGCUCAGGCAUUUUGAACACCAAAUAUCUUCAAAGUAUUAUUUUCAUCAUUUGCAAAGAUUAUCUACUGAACAUGAUGGACAUUAUUAUAUUGGAUCAAUACAUAAGCUCACAAAACACAGGCUUGCCAUUUGUCUUUGCCAAACUGACUGAGAUCUGUAACUUACCAUAUGUGGAAUUCUGACUGCUUGCCUACGUGACAUACUUCAGUGAUCAAGUGAAGAUCAAGUGUCACAACUGUUUUGGUUGGAGGAAGCAAAAUGAAUAAGUGAUUUUUAAAUCUGACUUUUAUUUAUGCAUUGUCUACUAAUGGAUUGUACAGGAAUAUCAGCAUAGGGAAUGCAGCAGCCUUUGUGACUGACAUUUGCCACCUCAAUGCCAGUGAUAAGGUUCUCAUUGAUUGAGGAAAAAAAAAGAGGAUAACUAUUUUAGAGAGACGGCAGUACAGUGGUAAUGUCACUAAGCUAGUAAUCCAGAAGCUAAGGCUAAUGUUUUGGUAAUACUGUGAAAAUAUCACCUUGGAACAUGGUGAAUUUAAAUUAAAUAAUAAAUAUAUCUGGAAUUGAAAGCUCAUCUCAGUAAUUGUGACAAUGAGACUACCAUCAGUUGCCUAAAAAACUUACCCAGUUCAAUAAUGUCCUUUAAGGAAAGAGAUCUGGUCUGGCUUAGAUAAAUCAGCAGACUCACAGCAAUGUGGCUGACUUUUAACUGCCUUUUGAAAUGGUCUAGCAAAUCAUCCAGUUCAAGAGCAAUUAUAAACUUGAACAAAUAUUGCCCUUGCCAAGUGAGACAACGUUUCAUUUAAGAAAUUCAAGUAAAAGAUUUAAUUUAUUGAAAGUGGAGAAAAUUGUCUGGCAUGGUCAAUGCCUAUCUAAACUCCAAAUCUGAGCCCUUGAGAAGAACCACAAUUGUCUUCUGGUUAGAGUUUUAAAAUAAGAACUUGUCAAACGAGUUGAGAGCAACAGGUGGAUAUCUGUUAAUGGAGUUUCAUUAGUGAAAGUAUUGAGAUUUACACUGGAACUACCAAAUAAUUAUUCAACUCAGGUCAAAACCUAUCACUAAACAGGUAACCAGUAUUGGGAAUUAUUGACAGAUUUCAUACAGCAUAUGUUAUUUAAGAAAAGGAGAAUCACAAUUUUGAAGCUUACUUACACAGGAGAAUCAAAUAAUAAGUCAGCUGUGUUAUUACUGAUUUCCAAAAGGUUUUAUUUUUAUAAAGUAAAUUCUGGUGAUCAAUAAAGUGAAUGUGUAAAUUAACUGAAAAGAACUUCAUUUAUUUUUGUACAUAUUUACUGUUCAUGAUCUCUAGUUCUCCCUCCAGUAAGAAAAAAUGUUUACAAUUAAAAUACCAAUUCAACACGCUUUUUCAAACUGCCAUAUCAUCUUAUUAAACCCAAGUACAAUAUAAAAAUUUUAAGUGUUUAAUACUUUAUUUUGACGCUCAUUUGAAAACAUGUGGAAAAUAAAGUCACCAUUAAUCAAUGUUGCAGCUUAUCUAUUUUACCAUGGACUUGAAUUUUCCCAGUUACAAUAUCAGAAUUAAAUGUCUAUUGUGGUUUUUUUUUAAAAAAGAGUAUAUUUUUGCAGCAUGUGGGCAUGGCAGGCAAGGCCUGCAUUUGUUAUCUGUCUUCAACUGUCCUUGAGAAGGUUGUGAUUAGCACCUUUCUUGAACUACUGCAAUCUACAUGGUGUAUAAACACCCUUAGGUUAAUAAGUUUCAGGAAGUUAAUCCAGUAAAGUGAAGGAGUACAACAUACUUCCAAAGACAAACACAAUAUUCAUAUAAUAGCCUGGUCUAACAAAUCACCUGAUGAGCAAUUCAUUCAGGUUUUUAACCUGCAGUAUUCAGGUGUCACAUGAAGUCCACAAGCUGCAUGUCAAAAAUAUUUUAUUCCCUUCAAAGGUAAGAAACCAGAUUUCUUGUCUAUCUGUGGUUCUUAUUUUUGAAUGUUAAACUAGUGUUUAGGCCAAGAAUAAAAGAAACCAUGGAAAACAAAUUCUGUAUCAACAAAAUACUGUUGAAGUCUUAUCUUGUCAUUUCAUUGUUAAGUCAUAAAGGAAUGAAAAAAAAAUCACGAGAAUUGUCUCCUGACAUAAAAAAUGACAACUGAAAAUAUUACUUUUCUUU